UUCAUUCUUAUUAAUUCUUAUCUGCCUUUGUUUUGUCUCUUUCUCAAGAAAAAAGUAACUUUGGAACUGCUGGAUCGUUUGGAGCACCUGGCCCUUGUUGAUUUCCGCAACUGGGAGGGCGUGGAGCGUCUGGAGAAAGCAAUUGAAUUCGCUGACCAGCUUCACUCUGUUCCAACAGAUGGGAUAGAGCCCAUGGAUUCAGUAUUAGAAGACAGGCACCUGUACCUCAGGGAGGAUAACAUUACAGAAGGGAACUGUGCAGAGGAGCUCCUGAAGGCAGCUAAGCUCACCGUUGAAGACUACUUCAUGGCUCCACCAGGUAACAUCCCUUUACCAAAACUGGAAGAGAGAGAGAGUUUUCUCAAGAAGGAAGAACCCUAGACGGAUGAUGUGCCCAGACUUGACUUCUUUAGUCACUGGACUCUAGGCAUGCAGUUGCAUCUAGGAUGAAACCACCGCGUCACUUGCAUAGCUUCAGCUCUCAUUGUGAAACAACGGCUGGAGUUCACUGUACUUAAGCCCUUGUGGCUUAAGUUGAGCUUGCAUCGGAGACAGAAAACACUGUUCCUUAAAGUACCGUUCUCAGUCUGUUCUGCCACCUGUGCAUUCGGGGACAUGCAUUUGGGGAACUGUAAUCCACAAAAGUAACUUAUCCUGUCUGUGAGUUCAAGGCACCUACGCUGCGUCUGACUGUGGCUGAAACGUUUUAACCAUAGGAAGGAACAAACUGUGGUCUGGGAAAAUGGAAAAGCUGAGAAGGGACGUGUCGCAGCCAAAACGCUUCCAAAACACGACUGUGGGAAAACUGUAUGGAAGAGUAAAACACAAGGGCAUUCAAGCUCUGCCCCAUUAAGACAUCCAAACUGUAACCUAGAAGAGACAAGACUACAUACUUUGUGUUCUGAGAAGCGGAAUGAUGUAACUGCAGAGAGCAAGCUCUCCUGGCCUUGGUUGAUAGAGGAGUAUUUAGGACGUGAAACAUUGUCUCAUGUCUCUUGACACAGAGAUUUUUCAAAAAGGAGGAACCCUAACAUACCUCAGCGAACACUUUCAGACCCCCCCAAAAUACUAGGUGCUACACAAACAUAUGCAUAAACUUUACUUUAAAAUGUACACUGCGUCCCAUCCCCUUUCAGAUUUGUAUGUGUGUGUGUGUGUGUGUGUGAGAGAGAGAGGGAAAAGUCAGUAGCACUUUGCAGAUUAAUAAAUGUCAAGUCAAGGAGUCAAGCUGUUUUAUAUACCAAACUUUUGAGAAGGGUACAAAACAUGGCAGUUCACUGAAAAUGAUGAAGUCUGUCUUCCUGAUAAGUACACCAUAUGCUUUUGAAAUUUA